UAAAAAAAUCUGUUAUUUUGGUUUAAUUAUUAUUUAUUUAUAUUAUAAAAAAAUAAAUACAUGGUAUGUUAAUUUAAAAAUCUCUUUUUGAAACUGCUUAUGAAUAAUGGAGAAAAGCGAGCUAGUGAAACUAUUAAGUGAAAUUCGUAUUUCGGAAUUAACAGAAACUAAAUGUGCCGAAGAAAUUACUCUAGAAUUUGAGAAACAUUGCCAAGCAAUCUAUGACAAACUCGGAAAUUUUGACAGUACACAACUGAAUCAUAUCACAAAAUAUUACUUUUCUGAUCCGAAUAUUCCCGAAUGGAGGUAUCUUUUUUUAAAUUUUUACAUCAUACAAGAAAUAGGAAAUAUUGUCACCAAUUCCCAGGAUAAAGUCCUGCUAAGUGUAAAAGAAACCAAAAUAUUAAAAGACACUAUAAUACACUUAACCAGGCUGGGCAUUUAUUCGAAACUUCAACCGAAGCUUCCCUUCUAUAUUAAAAAACAAUAUACCAAAACUGAAGAUAUAUUUUUUGAAUAUAAUGUGUUAAAGUGCACAGUUUUGACAUUUUGUGAUAUCUUAAAAAAUGAACACCUUAGAGCAGUAGUUUUAACAGAAUCUUUGAGAGGUAUUUUAACAGCCCUUUAUCAAAUUGCUUACUGCCCACUAAGAAAUAACACUGAUAAUCAUUUCACCGAAGAAGUAUUUAAAAAACUUGUUGCAGAAAAACGAAAGGCAGAAGAUUUAUUGCUUAAGCUAAAAGAAACAAUACACCCUCAAAUUUAUAUUAAAGAAACCAUGAUAAUUCUUCAAAAAAAUGCACCUGUUUGGUUUAAAAAAGCUGUAUCUCAAAUGUUGACCGACAUAAUGCUCUCUUCCAAUGGUGUUGAAAAUAUCUCAAUAGCAAUGUUAGAAGGGACUGGAAAUGAUAAUACGAAAACAUGGAAGGCGUUAGAUGUAAUAUAUAGGUUAAUAUCUAGUUGUAAAAAUCAAAUAUACUUUAGGGAAAAUAUUUUGCAGCAAGUUGUUAAACUUAAAGACAAAGCCAGUGAAGACAAUUUUGUGUUUGAAAGACUAUUUGUUUCUUGUACAAAAAGGUUUUAUGCUAAAGACCAAGAACUUAGCAAAGAAGUUUUUGUUAGACCUGUUAUUACUUUUCUGCUACAUUUUGUUAUGAGAGAUUAUCCUUUUAAAGAAAAAAACAUCAGUAACCAGCUAAAACAGAGUUUAAGGCUACUUCAUGCUAUUUUUGUUGAAAAAACUGUUGAGAGCGCGUGUUUACCUAUUGAGAUGAUUAAGCCAGUUUUAUCAGUGAUUUUUAAAUAUUAUUCUAUAACCUUAAAUAAAAAUUUCAAAGACACGAAUCUGGAGGCCAAAGAAGUUCUUUUGAAAUUUCUAAAUGACUAUUCCAUAGAUGAGGUUGUUUUUGAUAAUUUCCUUUUUGGGAUCAGUGAUUCUGAAAAUAUAUUAGCUUUCCGAAGUGAUAUUGAACUUAAAAUUGCUGGGAACGAGGUUGUUGUUAAACAUAUGGAUCAUCAAUGUAUAUCAUCUCCCUCCGAUAACUUUGAAACAAUUCAGAAACUGUUGGAAAGUGAUGUUAAGUUAUUAACAAGGCUCUUUAAGUAUUUGCUUAAGUGCUUUGGGCAACGAGAAAAGUACUUCAAGAAGGCCAAUGAGGAGCUUUUAAAUUUGGAAUCUGACGUGAUGACUGAGUAUUUUGAAAGACGUCUGGUGGUUGUCAGCGCAUUAUCAGUUCUGGCAGAUAAUAAAAAGGUUCAGAAGGAGAUUAUUGAUUCACCAGGGGACAUUGUUUGUUUUAUUAUAGAUGUACUGUAUAGAACUAUAGAAAGCAAUAUGCACAAAACUGAAGAUUUUGAAUCAGACGAAUUUCAAACAAUGUUUACUGUAGUUAUGAUUUUAAAUGCUCUGAUUGCCAACCAUUCCAAGAAAACUCUUAAAACAUUUAAAUCACUCUGUGAACCUUUAAAGGUAAUUCAGUCAGAAGCAAAACAUAAAGAGCUAAUUGAUUUAAUAGGCACAAUUUUAAAAAUCCUUGAAACGGAAAAAACCACAAAAAUUCAUAUAGAGGACAGAUCUGAAAUAGAUUUAAUCUUGGAAGAUAUUUGUGAUCCAUUAUUGCCUGUAAGAGCACAUGGUAUAAUGGCCUUAAAGAAAUUAGUUGAACAGAAAAAUCCAUCUGUUAUGGAAAAGAAACAGUAUAUAUUAACAAUAUUUCAGCAAAACUUGAAAAAUGAAGAUUCUUACAUCUAUUUGUCAGCGGUUGAUGGACUCGCAGCCAUGGCUACCAUUUUCUCAGACACUGUGAUAAAAACUCUUUGUGAAGAAUACUCUGAUUUUGCUAGAGAGGGUGAUGACGGUCACGAAGUUAGAAUUAAGUUGGGAGAAGUCCUGGUUAGGGUUACCAAAAUAUUGGGUGACAUGGCCCCAAAAUACAAAGCAAUUCUCCUAAACACUUUUUUAAUAGGAACGAAAGACGAAGAUCAUCUGAUAAGAGCCUCAAGCCUAUCAAAUCUAGGCGAAAUCUGCAGAGUCCUCGGGUACAAAUUAGGAACAGUAGUAACAGAGGUUUUGGUUUGCGUUCACGCCAUAAUAGCAACUGACAAGGCGAUAGAGGCUCGACGGGCCGCCGUUACAGUUAUUAGACAGUUACUGGCCGGAUUAGAAAGUGAAAUGAUCGCUUUUCUUAAAGAGGAGAUUCUUCCGAUAUAUAGGACGCUGAAAGAGAUUUAUCACGAUGAUCGAGAUGACGUUAUGAGAUUGCAGGCUCAGCUAGCUUUAGAAGAACUAAACGAGAACAUGAAAAACUUUGUAUUUCCAAAACCGGAGCUAAACAUGGAAAAGAAGAUUAUAAUGCUAAACUAAUUAUAGUCGAAUCAGAGAUUAUAUGCGUAGGUGUAAACGCUUUCAACGUUUAAUCCUUACAGGCAAUUGACAUUGUCAAUUAUUUCUUAUUAGUGGUUGAAUAAGAAAAAAGAAGUUAGUAGUAGCUGAUCUAAAUAUUUUAAAAAAGUAUUCCUUUAAUAAUUUCUGCUAUUAGUAGAAUGAAAGUGUCAAAAAUAUGCAAAAUAUUUCAACUUUAAUCGAGAAAGAAGUAAAACAUUUAUAUAUUUUGUAUAAAUAGUGUUUAUUAAAAAAAAAUCUUAUAUAAAAUAAAUAUAAUAAUUAUUGUUUAUUUUA